AUGAGAAUCAAUCCUACCCCUUCUAGUCCUGCGGUUUCCACACUUGAAGAACAAAACCUAGGGCGUAUCGCUCAAAUUAUUGGCCCAGUACUGGAUGUUGUUUUUCCUCCGGGCAAGAUGCCUAAUAUUUAUAACGCUUUGGUAGUUAAGGGUCGAGAUACUAUUGGUCAGCAAAUUAAUGUGACUUGUGAGGUACAACAAUUAUUAGGAAAUAAUCGAGUUAGAGCUGUAGCUAUGAGUGCUACAGAUGGACUGAUGAGAGGAAUGGAAGUGAUUGACACGGGAGCUCCUCUAAGCGUUCCAGUCGGUGGAGCUACCCUCGGACGAAUUUUCAACGUUCUUGGGGAGCCUGUUGAUAAUUUAGGUCCUGUAGAUACUAGCACAACAUCUCCUAUUCAUAGACCUGCACCUGCCUUUAUACAGUUAGAGACGAAAUUAUCAAUCUUUGAAACAGGAAUUAAAGUAGUGGAUCUUUUAGCUCCUUAUCGCCGUGGAGGAAAAAUCGGACUAUUUGGAGGAGCUGGAGUAGGUAAAACAGUACUCAUCAUGGAAUUGAUCAACAACAUUGCCAAAGCUCAUGGAGGCGUAUCUGUAUUUGGCGGAGUAGGCGAACGUACUCGUGAAGGAAAUGAUCUUUACAUGGAAAUGAAAGAAUCCGGAGUAAUUAAUGAAAAAAAUAUUGCAGAAUCAAAAGUAGCUCUAGUCUACGGUCAAAUGAAUGAACCGCCGGGAGCUCGUAUGAGAGUUGGUUUGACUGCCCUAACUAUGGCGGAAUAUUUCCGGGAUGUUAAUGAACAAGACGUACUUCUAUUCAUCGACAAUAUCUUUCGUUUCGUCCAAGCAGGAUCAGAAGUAUCCGCCUUAUUGGGGAGAAUGCCUUCUGCAGUGGGUUAUCAACCUACCCUUAGUACAGAAAUGGGUUCUUUGCAAGAAAGAAUUACUUCUACCAAAGAGGGAUCUAUAACUUCGAUCCAAGCCGUUUAUGUACCUGCGGACGAUUUGACCGACCCUGCUCCUGCCACGACAUUUGCACAUUUAGAUGCUACUACCGUAUUAUCGAGAGGAUUAGCUGCCAAAGGUAUUUAUCCAGCAGUGGAUCCUUUAGAUUCAACGUCAACUAUGUUACAACCUCGGAUCGUUGGCGAGGAACAUUAUGAAACUGCGCAAAGAGUUAAGCAAACUUCACAACGUUACAAAGAACUUCAGGACAUUAUAGCUAUUCUUGGGUUGGACGAAUUAUCCGAAGAAGAUCGUUUAACUGUAGCAAGAGCACGAAAAAUCGAGCGUUUCUUAUCACAACCCUUCUUCGUGGCAGAAGUAUUUACUGGUUCUCCAGGAAAAUAUGUUGGUCUUGCAGAAACAAUUAGGGGGUUUCAACUGAUCCUUUCCGGAGAAUUAGACAGUCUUCCCGAGCAGGCCUUUUAUUUAGUAGGUAACAUCGAUGAAGCUACCGCGAAAGCUAUGAACUUAGAAGAGGAGAGCAAAUUGAAGAAAUGACCUUAAAUCUUUGUGUACUGACUCCUAAUCGAAUUAUUUGGGACUCAGAAGUGAAAGAAAUAAUUUUAUCUACUAAUAGUGGCCAAAUUGGCGUAUUACCAAACCACGCCCCUAUUGCCACGGCUGUAGAUAUAGGUCUUUUG